AUGGAUGCAUUGUGGAAAUUAGAGGAUAAUUUGAAGAUAUCAACUCAAAAAGCCGUAAUACUACUUAUUUGUACGUCAAUUUUAGUCAUACUUGUUUGCUUAACCAUAAUUUUUGUAAUCCUUAAGAAAAAGGCUGCUCAAAGGAACAAGGUCGUGUGCUAUGAUGACUCCGAUGAAGAGACCGAGUCUAUGAUAGUGUACGCAAGAUCUCGUUCCAAGUGUGGAUUGAUGGAAGUAAGGAAGGCAUUGUUGGGGUCGGCGUGUUGGAGCUUGGCACACAAGUGGAACAACGAGAGUGUUGUGCUAGGGAAACAAAGGAUGAAGGUUGUGUCGAGUUGUUUGAAGUGUGUAGGUUGUGUAGGCCGGUCGAAGAUGCCGGUUUGGCAAAGGCCGAUUUUAAUGGGUGAGAGGUGUGAACUUCCUAGAUUUAGUGGUUUGAUUUUGUAUGAUGAAAGAGGUAGGCCAAUUACUCACCACCAUGAUCAUCAUCACCCUCAAUAUUACCAGCAGGAAGAAGCAAAGUUUGCUGGAAUGACGGCGGGUAUGCUUAUGGACUUACUAUGA